GGCUACAUGCCUGGAGUUGCAGAAUGUGCUGUGAAAGACAAUCGUUUGAUUUAUGUCGAUAUCCGCGGCUACCAGGACAAGGAGUUCAAUGCGAAGAUGUCGGAGAAGUCGCUGUUCCGAUGCCACUCGAUGACCAAACCCAUCACCGCCGUGGCCCUGAUGAGUCUCUGGGAGGAGGGGAAGCUCGCCUUGGACGACCCAGUUCACAAGUACAUCCCGGCUUUCAGAAACAUGAAGGUCCUGCGAGCAGGCCGAUUGGAAGAUGCGAAGCGGCCAAUUACAUUGCGGCAUUUGGUGAUGCACACAAGUGGAUUGGGCUACGGUCCAUCGAGAGAACGAAAGACUGAAAAACUCGAAGAUGGGCCCUACCUGCCUUUGGUGAAACGCAUCGACUCUGGACUUAUCAAAAAUUUGAAAUCCUUUUGCAACGAGCUGGCGAAGUUUCCUUUGCAGUUUCAUCCUGGUGAUCGGUGGGAAUAUUCAAUGGGUUUGGACGUGAUUGGUCGGGUCCUGGAAGUCGUGUCGGGUUUGCCACUGGAUCGUCUUUUCCGUCAACGGAUCUUUCGCAAGAUGGGCAUGAAAGACACAGCUUUUUCGGUGAGCCCGCGAAAAGCGCGGCGGCAAUUGACAGCUUACUACAUCACCAAGGUACGGUCAAAGAAUCGUAGGACGAAGCUGCCAAACAACUUCUUUACACGACGCGCAGAUGGGUGCCAUCCAAAGAUGAGCGCAUGGGUGCAAGGAAGAUCUUUGAAGGUGCUGUCUGGAGGUGGUAUUUGCGGCUCCUUCGCAGGUGGUUUGCUGUCAUCACUGCGCGAUCAAACAAUUUUCUGCAACGUGCUGCUGAACCAAGGCUUUGCGACGACGACGGGUCACCAGGUGCUGAAACCCAACACGGUGAGACUUUUGUGCCGAGAUUGGCUGCGAAUGAAAUCCGUAUCGGACAAACAGAAGUUGCGAGGUUGGGGCAUGGGCCGCGAUGUGGGCUGGUGCCCCCUGGGACAUUGGAUGCCAAAAGAAAGAUUGAUGUUUAUGGGUGGCAUUACUACCAAUUGGAGCAUUAAUUUCCCUACGAAAACUUUCCAGGUGUCGAUGACCAGCAGUUCUUGCGAAGCAGAUGUCCACAACUGGGACGAUCGGAAGGAUGAUUUGAGCGGUGCUUUGGACCACGCAGAGAAGGUUUGGCGACGAAAGCGCAGACUGCAAAGCGGCCGAGUGUC